CUAGGAGAAACGGAUUUUCAGAAGAAUAAGCAGUACAUGGAGUCGCGGCCAGAGGACAUUUGCUUUAUUUCGGCAAUGCUUGGCGGAUACGCCCUGAAGAACAAGAUGUGGAUGGAAUUCUACAUUGAAGACGUCGAGCCCAUGAUCUGGAACGACACGGCUUAUUCACACCUCGUCUACGACGACCAGCAAAAAGACCUCGUCCUCUCCUUUGUCCAGAACCACAACCCGCACCACGCCUCAGCCUCCAAAGCAUCUUCAUCCGCCACGACCGUCUCAAACUCCCGUCCCGCGCCCCUUGAAGACGUCAUCGUCGGCAAAGGCCAGGGCCUCAUCAUCCUCCUCUCCGGCCCGCCCGGUACCGGCAAGACGCUCACGGCAGAGGCCGUCGCCGACCGCACGCACCGGCCUCUCUUCUACCUCCAGGCAGAGGACCUCGGCAUCAGCGCCUCGGAUCUCGGCGCCAACAUCAAGCGCGUGUUUGAAAUGGCCACGGACUGGAACGCCGUGAUCCUGCUGGACGAGGCCGACGUCUUCAUGGCCGAGCGCAAUCCCAACGACAUUCGCCGCAACGAGCUGGUCAGCAUCUUUCUGCGAGAGCUCGAGUACUUUCGCGGCAUCAUCUUCCUCACGACCAAUCUCUAUCACACCAUUGAUGCAGCGUUCCGCAGCAGAGUCAGCCUGCAUCUUCUCUUCCAGUCGCUAAGCAGGGACGCGCGCGAGACUGUCUGGCGCAAAUUCCUGGCGCGAAUACCGGAACUGAAAAGCCUUGUGACGCAGGAUGAAGAGACAGAUGAAGACGUCCCUGCCAAAGACGUGGCGUUGGAUACGCCACUUGGAGAAGCGGACAUUUACCAACUGUCCCUGUGGCAGCUCAACGGCCGCGAGAUUAAGAAUGCGGUGCGCAUGGUGCAGAGCUGGUGCGGCCACAAGGGCUAUGCAAUGACGCUGGAUAGACUGGAGAGUGGAAUCAAAGUGACAAAUCCGCAUGCGUCCAAGGAGCAAGAUGUCGACAAGGACUUGUACGAUUAG